CGGCGGCGGCGGCGGCGGCAGCGGUGGCGGCGGCGGCGGCGGCGGCGGCGGCGGCGGCGCGGGGGUUGAGCCGUGGUAGUGCGGACGCGCUCGUGCUCGGGAACUAUCGGAUUAAACUUGAAUCGAGUGAAAUUACACAAAGGAGCGCCGCUGAAGAGGCGGCCCGGGGACCCGGAGACCCUGAAACUCGCCAGAGCCCCGUUCGCCCCUGGCCAACUCCGCGCCCGUGGAUUAGCCCCCUGGCCGCGGCCGCCGAGCCAACUCCGGAGCCCGCUCUGCGUUUUGUUUUCCCCUCGGCACAGGGCAGCGGAGGAGCCCUACCGACCGACCCGGACCUACAUCCAGACUUUGCCUGACACUGCAGGGUCCGAGAGAAUUAAAGAAAUACGGAAUGACACGAAGAAGAUUAGUUAAGGAUUAUAGGCUUUGAGGACAAACACCUCAGUGAGGUGGGAGCACGGACACGCUCCCGGGCUGUAGCUUGGAGGAGCCGCGUGUUGGAAGACGAUGGCGGAUCCAGGAAUGAUGAGUCUUUUUGGCGAGGACGGGAAUAUCUUCAGCGAAGGCCUCGAGGGCCUCGGAGAGUGUGGCUACCCUGAAAACCCAGUGAACCCCAUGGGCCAGCAGAUGCCGAUAGACCAAGGCUUUGCCUCCCUGCAGCCCUCCCUUCACCACCCCCCCGCGAGUCAGAGUCAGACCAAGCUGACCCACUUCGAUCACUAUAAUCAGUACGAACAGCAAAAGAUGCAUCUGCUGGAUCAGCCAAACCGAAUGAUGAGCGGCGCCCCUGGGAACGGGCUGGCGUCCCCUCACUCGCAGUACCACGCCCCUGCCGUCCCUCAGGUCCCCCACGGCGCCAGCGGUGGCGGUCAGAUGGCAGUCUACCCCGGCAUGCAGAACGAAAGGCACGGGCCGCCGUUCGUGGACAGCGGCUCCCUGUGGGGCCCCCGGGCCGUUCAGGUGCCGGACCAGGCGCGGGCCCCCUACCAGCAGCAGCCCCAGCCGCAGCAGCCCCAGCCUGCUCCGUCGGGGCCCCCCACGCAGGGCCACCCUCAGCACUUGCAGCAGAUGGGCAGCUAUAUGGCACGCGGGGACUUCUCCCUGCAGCAGCACGGCCAGCCGCAGCAGAGGAUGAGCCAGUUCUCCCAGGGCCAGGAGGGCCUCAGUCAGGGAGGUCCUUUCAUCGCCACCUCAGGACCCGGCCACUUGGCCCACGUGCCCCAGCAGAGCCCCAGCGUGGCGCCUUCCUUGCGUCAUUCGGUGCAGCAGUUCCACCACCACCCCCCUACUGCUCUCCAUGGAGAAUCCGUUGCCCACAGCCCCAGGUUCUCCCCUAACCCUCCUCAACAAGGGGCUGGGAGGCCGCAGACCCUGAACUUCAGUUCUCGGAGCCAGACCGUCCCCUCACCUACUAUAAACAACUCAGGGCAGUAUUCUCGAUAUCCUUACAGUAACCUAAAUCAGGGAUUAGUUAACAAUACAGGGAUGAAUCAGAAUUUAGGCCUUACAAAUAAUACUCCAAUGAAUCAGUCCGUACCAAGAUACCCCAAUGCUGUAGGAUUCCCAUCGAACAGUGGGCAAGGACUAAUGCACCAGCAGCCCAUCCACCCCAGCGGCUCACUUAACCAAAUGAACACACAAACUAUGCAUCCUUCACAGCCUCAGGGAACUUACGCCUCUCCACCUCCCAUGUCACCCAUGAAAGCAAUGAGCAAUCCGGCAGGCACACCGCCUCCGCAAGUCAGGCCCGGAAGCGCUGGGAUACCAAUGGACGUUGGCAGUUAUCCAAAUAUGCCCCACCCUCAGCCAUCUCACCAGCCCCCCGGUGCCAUGGGAAUCGGACAGAGGAAUAUGGGCCCCAGAAACAUGCAGCAGUCUCGUCCAUUUAUGGGCAUGUCCUCAGCACCGAGGGAGCUGGCCGGGCACCUGAGACCAAACGGCUGUCCCGGUGUUAGCCUUGCAGAUCCCCAAGCGAUCCAGGAGCGACUGCUACCUGGCCAGCAGCACCCCGGUCAGCAGCCGUCUUUCCAGCAGUUGCCAACCUGCCCUCCGAUGCAGCCCCACCCGGGCCUGCACCACCAGUCUUCACCCCCACACCCGCACCACCAGCCUUGGGCACAGCUCCACCCGUCACCCCAGAGCACCCCGCAGAAAGUGCCUGUGCCUCAGCAUUCUCCAUCGGAGCCCUUUCUAGAGAAACCAGUGCCGGAUAUGACUCAGGUUAGUGGACCGAACGCUCAGCUAGUGAAGAGUGAUGAUUGCCUGCCAUCAGUGGAACAGCAGCCACAGCAGAAGAAGAAGAAAAAGAAAAACAACCACAUUGUCGCCGAGGAUCCCAGCAAAAGUUUUGGUAAAGAUGACUUCCCUGGUGGGGUUGAUAACCAAGAACUAAAUAGGAACUCGCUAGAUGGGUCCCAAGAAGAGAAGAAGAAAAAGAAAAGGCCGAAGGUAAAAAAAGAUCCGAAGGAACCGAAAGAACCCAAGGAGAAAAAAGAGCCCAAGGAACCCAAGACCCCGAAAGCCCCUAAGAUUCCCAAAGAGCCAAAGGAAAAGAAAGCAAAAACUGCCACGCCAAAACCCAAAUCCAGCAAAAAGUCAAGUAAUAAGAAACCUGAUUCAGAAGCAAGUGCUUUGAAGAAAAAGGUCAACAAGGGAAAAACAGAAGGUUCUGAAAAUUCAGACUUAGACAAAACGCCCCCAGCAUCUCCUCCUCCUGAAGAAGAUGAGGACCCAGGUGUUCAGAAGCGACGUUCCAGCAGGCAGGUGAAGCGGAAGCGAUACACGGAAGACUUGGAGUUCAAGAUUUCCGACGAGGAAGCGGAUGAUGCAGACGCUGCUGGGAGAGACUCCCCCUCCAACACCUCGCAGUCAGAGCAGCAGGAAUCUGUUGAUGCAGAAGGUCCAGUGGUAGAAAAAAUCAUGAGCAGUCGUUCAAUAAAAAAACAGAAGGACUCUGGAGAGGAGAUAGAAGUUGAGGAAUUCUACGUGAAAUACAAAAACUUCUCUUAUCUUCAUUGUCAAUGGGCAUCUGUAGAAGAUCUGGAGAAAGAUAAGAGAAUUCAGCAAAAGAUCAAACGAUUUAAGGCAAAGCAGGGCCAGAACAAAUUCCUUUCAGAGAUUGAAGAUGAGCUUUUUAAUCCAGAUUAUGUGGAGGUUGACCGGAUAAUGGACUUUGCACGAAGCACAGAUGAACGGGGAGAGCCUGUGACUCACUACCUGGUGAAGUGGUGUUCCCUGCCUUACGAAGACAGCACGUGGGAACUAAGGCAGGACAUAGAUCAAGCAAAGAUCGAAGAGUUUGAGGAACUAAUGUCCAGGGAGCCAGAAACAGAGCGUGUGGAGCGACCUCCUGCCGAUGACUGGAAGAAAUCGGAGAGUUCCAGGGAGUACAAAAACAAUAACAAACUCAGGGAAUACCAGUUGGAGGGAGUAAACUGGCUACUUUUCAAUUGGUACAACAUGCGAAACUGCAUUUUAGCAGAUGAAAUGGGUUUGGGAAAAACUAUCCAGUCCAUUACAUUUCUCUAUGAGAUAUAUUUGAAAGGAAUCCAUGGCCCUUUUUUAGUAAUUGCCCCAUUGUCCACAAUCCCCAACUGGGAAAGGGAAUUCCGUACCUGGACAGAGUUGAACGUGGUUGUGUAUCAUGGGAGUCAAGCUAGUCGUCGGACCAUUCAGUUGUAUGAAAUGUACUUCAAAGAUCCCCAGGGUCGAGUGAUAAAGGGGUCCUAUAAGUUUCAUGCCAUCAUCACUACAUUUGAGAUGAUUUUGACGGAUUGUCCUGAGCUGCGGAAUAUUCCAUGGCGCUGUGUCGUCAUUGAUGAAGCCCACAGGCUGAAGAAUAGGAACUGCAAGCUUCUGGAGGGGCUCAAGAUGAUGGACUUGGAGCACAAAGUGCUGCUGACGGGGACCCCCCUACAGAACACGGUGGAGGAACUCUUCAGCCUGCUUCAUUUCUUGGAACCGAGUCGUUUCCCUUCAGAAACCACCUUCAUGCAAGAAUUUGGUGAUCUGAAAACAGAAGAGCAGGUGCAAAAACUCCAGGCUAUUCUAAAGCCAAUGAUGUUGAGACGUCUCAAGGAGGAUGUAGAGAAGAACCUGGCCCCCAAAGAAGAAACCAUUAUUGAAGUUGAGCUCACGAACAUUCAGAAGAAAUAUUACCGAGCCAUCCUUGAGAAGAAUUUCACAUUUCUCUCCAAAGGCGGUGGUCAAGCUAACGUACCUAACCUUUUAAACACUAUGAUGGAGCUACGGAAGUGCUGCAAUCACCCAUACCUUAUUAACGGUGCUGAAGAGAAAAUUUUGGAAGAGUUUAAAGAAACACACAAUGCAGACUCUCCAGAUUUUCAGCUCCAGGCGAUGAUCCAGGCUGCUGGCAAGCUAGUGCUGAUUGACAAACUACUGCCAAAACUGAAGGCUGGUGGCCACAGGGUGCUUAUCUUUUCCCAGAUGGUGCGCUGCUUGGACAUACUGGAAGACUACCUCAUUCAAAGACGGUACCCGUACGAGAGGAUCGACGGCAGAGUGAGAGGCAACCUCCGCCAGGCAGCUAUCGACAGAUUCUCCAAACCCGAUUCUGAUAGGUUUGUUUUCCUCCUGUGUACACGGGCAGGAGGCUUAGGCAUUAAUCUUACUGCUGCUGACACCUGCAUCAUCUUCGAUUCCGACUGGAAUCCCCAAAAUGAUCUCCAGGCUCAGGCUAGAUGUCAUAGAAUAGGACAGAGCAAAUCUGUGAAAAUCUACAGGCUGAUCACAAGAAACUCUUACGAAAGGGAAAUGUUUGACAAGGCUAGUCUGAAGCUCGGCCUGGACAAAGCUGUGCUGCAGUCCAUGAGUGGGAGAGAAAACGCUACCAACGGGGUCCAACAACUUUCCAAGAAAGAAAUAGAGGAUCUUCUGCGAAAGGGGGCCUACGGUGCACUCAUGGAUGAGGAGGACGAAGGGUCUAAGUUCUGCGAAGAAGAUAUUGACCAGAUUCUCCUGCGGCGAACCCACACUAUCACCAUUGAGUCUGAAGGCAAAGGUUCCACGUUUGCUAAGGCCAGUUUUGUUGCAUCUGGAAACAGGACAGACAUUUCCUUGGAUGAUCCAAAUUUCUGGCAAAAGUGGGCUAAGAAGGCUGAAUUGGAUAUUGAUGCCUUAAACGGGAGGAACAACCUGGUUAUCGACACUCCAAGAGUGAGGAAGCAAACCAGGCUGUACAGUGCAGUGAAAGAAGACGAGCUGAUGGAGUUUUCAGACUUGGAAAGUGAUUCCGAAGAGAAGCCUUGCACGAAGCCGCGGCGGCCCCAGGACAGGUCCCAGGGCUACGCGAGGAGUGAGUGCUUUAGAGUUGAGAAGAAUCUGCUCGUCUAUGGCUGGGGACGGUGGACAGACAUCCUUUCGCACGGGCGCUACAAGCGUCAGCUCACUGAGCAAGACGUGGAAACCAUCUGCAGGGCCAUCCUCGUGUACUGCCUCAACCAUUACAAGGGCGAUGAGAAUAUCAAAAGCUUCAUCUGGGAUCUGAUCACGCCCACGGCGGACGGCCAGACGCGAGCCUUGGUCAACCAUUCUGGUUUAUCGGCCCCGGUGCCCAGGGGAAGGAAAGGAAAGAAGGUGAAAGCCCAGAGCACCCAUCCGGUGGUGCAGGAUGCCGACUGGCUGGCGGGUUGCAACCCGGAUGCCUUGUUCCAGGAGGACAGCUACAAGAAACACCUGAAGCACCACUGCAAUAAGGUCCUGCUGCGUGUCCGCAUGCUGUACUACCUAAGACAAGAAGUCAUAGGAGACCAGGCAGAUAAGAUUUUAGAGGGUGCUGACUCAAGUGAGGCUGAUGUGUGGAUCCCUGAACCCUUCCAUGCGGAAGUCCCCACAGAUUGGUGGGAUAAGGAAGCAGAUAAGUCCCUCCUAAUUGGAGUGUUCAAACACGGCUACGAGAAGUACAAUUCCAUGCGAGCUGACCCCGCACUGUGCUUCCUGGAACGAGUCGGGAUGCCCGAUGCCAAGGCCAUAGCUGCCGAGCAAAGAGGAACAGACAUGCUAGCAGAUGGCGGUGACGGGGGAGAAUUUGAUAGAGAAGAUGAAGACCCGGAAUAUAAACCAACCAGGACUCCAUUCAAGGAUGAAAUAGACGAAUUUGCAAAUUCUCCUCCAGAAGAUAAGGAAGAAUCCAUGGAGAUCCGCUCCACAGGCAAGCACAGCGAGAGUAAUGCUGAGUUAGGCCAACUUUACUGGCCCAACACCUCGACCCUGACCACCCGUCUGCGCCGGCUCAUUACUGCCUAUCAGCGCAGCUAUAAAAGGCAACAAAUGAGGCAAGAGGCUCUAAUGAAGACUGACCGGCGGAGACGGCGGCCUCGGGAGGAAGUGAGAGCACUAGAAGCGGAAAGGGAAGCUAUAAUAUCUGAGAAACGGCAAAAGUGGACAAGAAGAGAAGAGGCUGAUUUUUACCGUGUGGUAUCUACUUUUGGAGUUAUUUUUGACCCCAUGAAACAGCAGUUUGACUGGAACCAAUUUCGAGCCUUUGCCAGGCUUGACAAAAAGUCUGACGAGAGUUUGGAGAAAUACUUCAGUUGUUUUGUGGCCAUGUGUAGGCGAGUGUGUCGAAUGCCCACUAAGCCAGAUGAUGAACCACCUGACCUCUCCUCCAUGAUUGAGCCAAUCACAGAAGAGCGUGCCUCUAGAACUCUCUACCGCAUCGAACUGCUGCGGAAAAUACGCGAGCAGGUUCUUCAUCACCCUCAGCUGGGAGAGAGGCUGAAGCUCUGCCAGCCGAGUUUGGAUUUGCCAGAGUGGUGGGAAUGUGGGAGGCAUGACCGGGACUUGCUGGUCGGCGCUGCUAAACACGGGGUCAGCCGGACGGACUAUCACAUCCUCAAUGACCCCGAGUUAUCUUUCUUGGAUGCGCACAAAAACUUUGCCCAGAACCGAGGGGCAGGUAACCUGUCCUCCCUGACUCCACUGGCCGUUGGAUUUGGCCAGACUCCUGCCGUCCUCCCGUCUGCUCACGCCCAGGAAGAGAAGGCUGCGGGACAAAGCGAGGGCAAAGCGGAGGAGUCUGGCGGCGUGACCACCCAAGAGAAACCCGAGGGGAAGGAGGAGGAAGAAGAGACCGACGGCAGGGAGAAGGACAGUAAGCAGGGCUGUGAGGCCGAGGCGAGCUCUGUGAAAAGUGACCUGAAAGGGAUGGAGGUCGGUGCCGACACAGGGCCCAAGUCUAUUUCGGAAAAAGGUUCUGAAGAGGACGAAGAAGAAAAGCUGGAGGAUGACGAUAAGUCAGAAGAGUCUUCCCAGCCUGAAGCAGGAGCUGUCUCUAGAGGGAAGAAUUUCGAUGAAGAAAGCAAUGCCUCCAUGAGCACCGCUAGGGAUGAAACCCGAGAUGGGUUCUACAUGGAGGAUGGAGACCCUUCAGUAGCUCAGCUCCUUCAUGAAAGAACAUUUGCCUUCUCAUUUUGGCCUAAGGACCGAGUAAUGAUAAACCGAUUAGACAACAUCUGUGAAGCCGUGCUGAAAGGCAAAUGGCCAGUAAAUAGGCGCCAGAUGUUUGAUUUCCAGGGCCUCAUCCCUGGUUACACGCCACCCACCAUGGACAGUCCCCUGCAGAAGAGGAGCUUUGCCGAGCUCUCCAUGGUCGGCCAAGCUAGCAUUAGUGGGAGCGAGGACCUCACGACUUCUCCUCAGUUGUCAAAGGAAGACGCCCUAAACCUCUCUGUCCCUCGCCAGCGGAGGAGGAGGAGGAGAAAAAUUGAAAUUGAGGCCGAGAGAGCGGCCAAGCGGCGAAACCUCAUGGAAAUGGUUGCUCAGCUGAGGGAGUCUCAAGUGGUCUCAGAAAACGGACAAGAAAAAGUUGUAGAUUUAUCAAAGGCCUCAAGAGAGGCAGCAAGCUCUACCUCAAAUUUUUCGUCUCUUACUUCAAAGUUUAUCUUGCCUAACGUCUCGACACCGGUGUCCGAUGCCUUUAAGACUCAAAUGGAGCUGCUCCAGGCAGGCCUGUCACGCACACCCACGAGGCAUCUGCUUAACGGCUCCCUGGUGGAUGGAGAGCCUCCCAUGAAGAGGAGGCGGGGAAGGAGGAAAAACGUGGAGGGUCUUGAUCUGCUUUUCAUGAGCCACAAACGGACGUCAUUGAGUGCAGAGGAUGCUGAGGUGACCAAAGCUUUCGAAGAAGAUAUAGAGACCCCACCUACAAGAAACAUUCCUUCUCCUGGACAGCUGGACCCAGACACGCGGAUCCCCGUGAUAAAUCUUGAAGACGGGACUAGGCUGGUGGGGGAGGACGCUCCUAAAAAUAAGGACUUAGUUGAAUGGCUGAAGCUGCAUCCUACUUACACUGUUGAUAUGCCAAGUUAUGUACCAAAGAAUGCGGAUGUGCUGUUUUCCUCAUUUCAGAAACCGAAACAGAAACGACAUAGAUGUCGAAACCCUAAUAAAUUGGAUAUAAACACUUUGACAGGAGAAGAAAGGGUGCCUGUUGUCAAUAAACGAAAUGGAAAGAAGAUGGGUGGAGCUAUGGCACCUCCGAUGAAGGACCUGCCCAGGUGGCUGGAAGAGAACCCUGAAUUUGCAGUCGCUCCAGACUGGACUGAGAUAGUGAAGCAGUCUGGUUUUGUUCCCGAGUCGAUGUUUGACCGCCUUCUCACUGGCCCCGUGGUGCGGGGGGAAGGAGCGAGCAGGAGAGGACGAAGGCCCAAGAGCGAGAUCGCCAGGGCGGCCGCGGCGGCCGCGGCGGCCUCCACCUCCGGAAUCAACCCCCUGUUGGUGAACAGCCUGUUUGCCGGGAUGGACCUCACGAGCCUUCAGAACCUCCAGAACCUCCAGUCUCUCCAGCUCGCGGGGCUCAUGGGCUUCCCUCCAGGACUGGCGACGGCGGCCGCCGCCGCCGGAGGCGACGCCAAGAACCCUGCGGCCGUGCUGCCCCUGAUGCUGCCGGGCAUGGCGGGCCUGCCCAACGUGUUCGGACUGGGCGGGCUGCUGAACAACCCGCUCUCCGCUGCUGCUGGCAACGCCGCCGCCGCCGCCGCCGCCGCCGCUGCUGCUCCCGGGCAGGGAGAGCCGGAGGACGGCGCCCCGAAAGCGGAAGAGAAAGGCAACGAGAACGAAGACGAGAACAAAGACUCCGAGAAAAGCACAGAUGCUGUUUCGGCUACUGACUCUGCGAAUGGAUCUGUUGGUGCUGCUACUGCCCCGGCCGGAUUGCCCUCCAACCCGCUCGCCUUCAACCCUUUCCUCCUGUCCACUGUGGCGCCAGGCCUCUUCUACCCGUCCAUGUUUCUACCUCCGGGACUGGGGGGAUUGACACUGCCUGGGUUCCCCGCGUUAGCAGGACUCCAGAAUGCCGUGGGCUCCAGCGAAGAGAAGGCCCCCGACAAGGCCGAGGGGGGCGCCUUCCAGGAAGAGGAGAACCUGGACGGCAGCGACGCCGAGGAGAACCCGGAAAAGACCGCGGGGUCCUCCGUCUUCGAAGACGAAGGAGCACAGGGUGAAGAGCUGGACUCGCUCGAUGGGGGGGAUGAACUAGAAAACAACGAAAAUGAUGAAUAACCAGUACCAGUUCCAGUUCAAGUGUUUAAAACUUUUGACAAGUGGUAGUCCUACUGUUUACACUCACAGUUAAUGUUCAUACCUAGUUUUAUAAGCUGUUCUGUAACAUAGUGUAGCAAAAAAGAAAAAGAAAAAAAAAAAGUCCAAGUCAUGUUAUACAGGUGUGUCAAAAGGUAUCUUGGUCAUUAAGUAUUGUGCAGUGCAUUAUUUAUUAUCCCUAGGAGAGAUGAAAUUUGAGAGGUGAUCAUGUCUUUUUAAGGAAACUUACAUAAUGCUCUGCUUCUUUUUUUUUUUUUUUUUUUUUUCCUUUUGGUACCAUUGGUAUUAUAAUAAAGAGCAAUUUGUAACUGAGUGGCACUAAUGGAAGGAAGUGCUGCUCAAAGGAAGUAUGAAGUUAUAUAUUUAAUUUUUUAAUUUUAAUUUUUUUGCUGUGAAGGUCAAGAUGAAAUUUACCAUACAUAUCAUACUUGCUCAUUUGUUUCCCUUUUGACUGUAUGGGGGUUCCCACACUUGCGCAUCCACACACAUCCAUACACUCUGACAAUCUCCACGUUAGUGUGAACGUCUCUGUCCCGAGGCGCAGCAAUAAUAAGGCAGCUGUUGAAUGUGAAGGGUCCCUUUGGAAAUUAACCUACUGGGAGGGUUCUUGCCAGACAGAACUACAGUUCCAUUGUCUCGUGGUCUUGUAAUGCACUGGUAUAAACAAAAUAAAUAGAUAAAUAAAGAGUGAGAGAAGAGAGAAUCAGGUACCUUUUUUAAAUUAAAGGACUUUGUUACUUUAGCCACAAAGCUAAAACAGCAUUACCUCAGCUCUAAACUAGCCUUGAAGUUUACAGACAUGACUUUGUAAAUGUAUUGUUUUUCUUUGUUGUGAUGUCCUUUUAUUUUUUUCUUUGAAAACUGCUAUCAUGUAAGAUAAAAUGUAAAUUGCUGCCAACUGUAGUAAUGAUGCUUUUAAUAAAAGUGACCCAUGAUAUGCAGAGAUGUAAUUAGAGAAUGUAGUAUGUAGGGGAACUGGUGUUCACUCUAUUUUUUGUAUUCGCAAUAGAUGCAAAUACAGCAUUCUGGCCUUUG